AGAGAGGAUAUUGAAAUAUCAUUUAGAGAGAGACAACGAGGAGAGAGAGAAAGGAUAUUGGGACAUCAUUUAGAGAGAGAGAAAGAGGAUUAUCAUAGUAUAUUUGGGCCUCUGCUACAGAGAAUAAAAACGUCAGUUUUUUGAGCUUUUAUUUGCAGUGAGUUGAGGAAUUCUACUUUUAGAGAGAGAGAGUUGAAAGAUUGUUUUUCCUAGAGAAAAACUGAACAGAGUUGGGUUCUUUUUGAGAGAGAGAGAGAUUGUUUUUCUUGCUGAGAAAAUGGCAAGUGGGGAAGAGGUGAGUAACAAGCAGAUCAUAUUGAAGGACUAUGUGACUGGUUUUCCCAAAGAAACAGACAUGAAAAUGGUGUCAAGCUCCAUUAAAAUCAAGGUACCAGAAGGAUCUAAGGCUGUUCUGGUGAAAAAUCUCUAUCUCUCCUGUGACCCUUACAUGAGAAAUCUAAUGAAAAAGCAAGAGUCUCGGGGCUAUUUCGAUGCCUACAGGCCUGGUUCUGUUCUAAGUGGUUUUGGGGUGUCAAAAAUCCUUGAUUCCGACCACCCUGAUUUCAAGAAAGGUGACCUGGUUUGGGGAAUAACUGGAUGGGAAGAGUUCAGCUUGAUUGCAAGGACAGAAAGACUAAAAAUAAUCACACACAUUGAAGUACCUCUUUCUUACUACACUAGUAUUUUAGGAAUGCCUGGGAUGACAGCUUAUGCCGGAAUUUUCGAGGUUUGCUCCCCAAAGAAAGGUGAAUAUGUAUAUGUCUCAGCAGCAUCUGGAGCAGUUGGUCAACUUGUUGGCCAAUAUGCUAAAUCAGUAGGGUGCUAUGUAGUUGGAAGUGUUGGUUCUAAAGAAAAGGUUGAUUUAUUGAAGACAAAGUUUGGUUUUGAUGAAGCUUUCAACUAUAAAGAGGAGCAGGACUUGGUUGUCACUUUGGAAAGGUACUUUCCUCAAGGCAUAGACAUCUACUUUGAGAAUGUGGGUGGUGCCAUGCUUGAUGCUGUUAUUUUAAAUAUGAGAGAGCAUGGCCGGGUUGCAGUUUGUGGAAUGAUCUCUCAAUACAAUAAAGAGAAGCGUGAUGGAGUGCAGAACCUCCCUUUGAUUGUAGGAAAGAGAAUUCAUAUAAAAGGAUUUUCAGUGUUUGAUUACUGGCACAUGUAUCCCCAAUUUCUUGAAACCACAAUUCAGAGGAUCAAAGAGGGGAAGAUAGUUUAUGCAGAAGACAUUGUUGAAGGCCUCGAGAAUGCGCCAUCGGCUCUCGUUGGACUCUACUAUGGUCGAAAUGUUGGGAAGCAAGUGGUUCUACUGGCUCAUGAAUGAUGCAUUGCAAUACUGGAAAACUUGGUGAGUUUGACUCGGACUCACCUAAGUUACUCAGACUCAAAAGGUUGUCGAAUUUGAAACAAGAUGCUUGGGAACCAGCCGUGUCCCACUGGUUCCCAAGCUGUGUCAUUGGUAUUUUGACUAUUGGUCGGGCCUCUGACAAACUCUACCGAGUCAAGUUGCCUGACUUAGGCUCCCAACCCUAGCUACUCUUGUCUCGAGUCCUUGCUUCCAAUAAAAAAAGAAGAAAAAAAAAAGAAAAAGAAAUAGAAGGAAAGUAGUUGUUGCGAGUAUGUUCCCCCAAUUGAGAUAUGAGCCACGUGAAUAUGUUAAUUUUAAUGUUGUUGUGUGUUAUAUUUUAUGUGGUGGUUUAAUAUAUAUUAGUCCAAAUUCUCUCACCCCAUGUUUGAUGUAGACUAAUUAUGGAUUGACUUUGGAA